AGGAAGGAAACGGCGAGGGCUUCAUCAACAGACAGAGGAGUCUCUUGUCAGGCUGAUAGACGAAAUGAAAGCCUGACACGGGAUACGCCACGGAAAUCUCUCUGGCUGAGAUAACGCAGUCGACGUUUACAGAAAAUAAUUCCAGCGGCUGGAGAUCCAGAUGUUUACGUAAAACAGCUGUCAAUCUUAUUCUUGGAACUGGAACUUUCAUCGCAUUUUGAUUCUCUCUGUGCUGAUUGGGGGGUUGGCUACAACCGUGCCACAUUUAACUCGUUUGCGUCACGCUUUGGAGUUUCCUCCCUGGAUAGACAUUUGGCGUUUGCUGAGGUUUUGGGACCAAAACCGAAAUUCCAAAGCUGCGUUCUCUGAUGGGUUACAUGGCGUGCGUUUGAUCCUGGGGUGUGCGCUGCGCGAUGGCCGCGUCGGGCGGACGGAAGAGCGAGAAGUUGGACGAGGCACAGGCGUUGGCCCGGAGCUGCGCGGGGAGACCGGACUUUCUCCCGUGCGACGGACUGUCCAUCUGCGCAACACACAGCCAUGGGAAGUGCUUCAAGCUCCACUGGUGCUGCCACUUGGGAUGGUGUCACUGUAAAUACGUGUACCAGCCGAUGACCAACGUGUGCCGCCUCCCCAGCACCCCAGUGCCUGCCACGCCCACAGACCACACCCACACCAUGGACCUGACAGUCUCAUUGGCCGAACGUUUCCUCAUGACCGCCCCCGCCUUCCAAGCCCCGCCCUGCCUGGAGUCGCCCAAGUUCUGCAUCAUCUCAGACCUCUUUGUGGACGACUACAUGGUCAAACGCAUCAAUGGGAAGAUGUGCUAUGUUCAGAGACCUCAACCUUCGACCAUGCCCAGCCCGCCUCAAUCACAUGCUCCUCACCCCCGUAACCCCCAUCCCCAACGGACCCCCAGACACCACCCACACCCCCAGGGCACCAAGCCCAGUGCCCUGGGGGACAAGGUCACCACCCCCAAAAUAGACCACUGCUCCUCCCCGUCCAGCUCUGAGGAUUCUGGGAUAAAUGCACUGGGCGGCCAUUACAUGGAGUCAUGUGACGAGGGUUCUGAGGAAGAGGAGGAAGACGAGGAGGAGGAGGAGGAAGUGGAAGAAGAGUUAAGUAGUGAUGGAGAGUCUAGUCCAAUAAGUAUGUGGACUCAAGAUGAGUGUUCUCUGCUCUCUCCGUCCAAGUCUAUGGUGGAGAUUAUCGAGAAGAUAGAGACAACUGUGUGAGACAACUUGCAGUGUCACGUUGAGACAGCGACCUAGCCGGUUCAUCUUAGAGCCACACACACACACACUAGCCUGUCAACGUUCCUCUAACUACAGUAUACUAAUCUUCUAACGCCAAAACAGUGACCUGUUACCUAUGAACUUUGACCUUUCACCCUGUUAUAGCAUGGUUACCUACCACCUUUCACCCUGUUAUAGCAUGGUUACCUAUGACCUUUCACCCUUUUAUAGCAUGGUGUACCUACCCCAUUCUACUCUACUCUGGAGGGAUUUCACUUAUCUUUCCAAACCAGUAGUCAGCUGAAAGAACCCACAAAUGAACAAGAGCACAAAUGUAGGAAUAAGUGAAUCUAAUCUAGUCCAUGACCCAACACACUUAAAGACAGAAGAGCACGAUGUGACCAAACAGAUUCUACAUCAUGAGGCUACUACUUUUUAUAACAAUCCAGGGCCAAACCCAAAUGGCACCCUAUUCCCUAUGUAGUGCACUACUUUAGACCAGGGCCCAUAGGGGAUAGUGCGCUACUUUUGACUAUGGCCCAUCGGGGAUAGUGCACUACUUUUGACCAGGGCCCAUAGGGGAUAGUGCACUAGUUUAGACCAGGGCCCAUAGGGGAUAGUGCACUACUUUAGACCAGGGCCAUAGGGGAUUGUGCACUACUUUUGACUAUGGCCCAUAGGGGAUAGUAGGGAAUAUGUAGAAAAAAGGGUGCCAUUUGGCCCACAUUCCACGUGUUACAUCACUAGUGUACUAAGAAGUAUCUUCACAAGCUUACAUCACAAACACAGGAGAGGAGAGGAGAGGAGAGGAGAGGAGAGGAGAGGAGAGGAGAGGAGAGGAGAGGAGAGGAGAGGAGAGAGAGGAGAGGAGAGGAGAGGAGAGGAGAGGAGAGGAGAGGAGAGGAGAGAGGAGAGGAGAGGAGAGGAGAGGAGAGAGGAGGAAGGGGACAUGUGUGAUGAAUCUGUGACAUCAUGAGCAUAUUAACAUCUGAAGUCUUUUACAACACUGCACAUGUUUACAGGCCACGCCCACAAACAACCCAGACAACAUGGAUGACCUGUUACAGGACUUAUCUACACAGGUGGAUGGAGCGUUACAGCGUACAGACACACCCAGGGUCCUGCCAAGGCUUUCUGACAAUCAUCUGACUACAAUCACCCAGCUGAAAUGUGAACAUAGCCCUGUACAUGGAGCUUCAGAGCUUGAGGAGUCACAGCCCAGGACAGGGGUCUCAGUGUAUUACACACAAUGCAGAGCAGUAGCAGUGGCUCGAGGACAUUGUUCUGACCACCACAAAACAACAAGGAGAAGAAGACUGUCUUGUCUGUCUCUAAAUGAUUGCUCCAAUCACAUGUUGAGGGUCUUGAACAAAGCACACCUUUCUGAUCUAUUAACACACAGAAACUAUAGACACACACACAAACACGCAUACACACACACACACAAACACGCAUACACACACACACACACACACACACACACACACACACACACACACACACACACACACACACACACACACACACACACACACACACACGCUUUGUGGGUGAAUUUCUAUUCCUCUCUGAUUGAAAGAGAAUUGUAACAUCAGGGAUAAAAAAAUAUAUACGCUUUAAAACAUCACUGUAAAUACAGAUGUAAGAUCUUAAUUUGAUCACCCUGUUGCAGGACAACUUUCCUGCAAUGCAGGAAAUGUACAACUUGUAGUGUAUUUGAGGUUUAAAAAGGCUUCUGAAGUUUGUAAUUUCCACUUUGAAAUUUCAGACUUGAUUUUCCCUUACAAAACAUCUAUCAACCCCUACAAAAAUGUCAAUUCAUUAUAAUCCACAUAAUAAUUCACAUUUCCUGUUGAUGCAGGGUUCAUUUCAUACUGUAGCAAACUGGCUCAAAUGAAGAUCCUACAUCUGUACACGUACAGUCAAAUGAUCACAUAUUAUAGAGGGUAUAUAAAGCACACCAUUGUUUUCUGAUGUCUUCAGUAUAUUGUUGCUAUUCUGAUUUUUUGAAUAAAGGAUUUCACUAAAAA